GGGGGGGGGGAGCGCCGGCCUGCGCCGGCCGGGGAACCGCUACCGGCGCUUCCGCAGCUCCCUGCCGGACCGCUGCCAGGGGAGGCCGCCGGAGCCGGCUCUGCCGCUGAGGCCUCGCAAGGCUGCCCCCCGCCACCAUCAGCUUCCAACCCGGCCGCUGGCGGCAGCACCGCCGGGCGGCGGCAGGCCGCGGAGCACCGCCCCCUCGCCUCCCCCAGGGAAGGUCAGGGCGGCGGUAGCGGAAGCUUCUCCCUCCCGGCGCCGCGGCCCGGAACCAGCCCUGCCGCCGCCGCCGCCUCCUCCUGGCCUGUCCUGUCCGGGCCGGGCCGGGCCGGGCCUGGCCUCGGCACCUGCUGCCCCCGCCAGCAGCAUGACAGCGCCCCCCGCCGCCUCCCGCAGGUGACACCCCGCGGGCCCUUCCGCCUCUGCCGCCUCCUAUAUGGGCCACCUGCUCUCAAAGGAGGCAAGCAGCCUGAGCCGGGACCGCCGCUGCCGCCGGGGCAGGAAGGUGCCUCCGCGCAGCCGGAGCUGCUUCCUGCGCGGGCCCUGCAUGCUCUGCUUCAUCGUGCACAGCGCCAGCCCGCCCGCCCCGGAGCAGCCCCUCUCCGCCGGGGAUCCCCUGCUGCCGCCGCCCUACGCGGCCCUCACCACCGCGGAGCAGCGCGCCGCCCGCCACCUCCUCCGCCUGCCACCCGUCGCCUGGGAGCCGCGGGGCCGCUGCCAGCGCCUCCUCCUCUCGGGCCUGCUGCCCUCGCCGGUGCGGGGCCUCCUGGGGCCGGCCAGACCGUCCGACGAGGUCGCCUCCGAGAUGGUGUGUAAGCGCAAGGGGGCCGGCCUGCCCGCUUGCCCGCCCUGCAAGCAGCCGCGCUGCGCGGCCGCCGCCGCGGCGGAGGCCGAGGCUGCCGCUUGCUACUGCCCGGGAGAGGCGCAGCUCUGCGCCCUGCCAGCCGCCGACGGCUGCGCGGCGGGCGGUGGGGGCGCGCCGGCCCGGGGCGCAGCAGGGGACAGCAGCAGCGGCGGGCAGCCCGCCUCGUCGUCGCCGCCCCCUGUGCCGGAGGAGGAGGAGGGGAAGAAACAGAAGGAGAGUGACGGCGAGGCGGGAUUCGAGGAGCCGCUGGAGCACCCCGGUGACUGCUGCCGAGAGCCGCUGCCGCCGCCGGCCCCGGACAUUAAUCAGCUGCCGCCCUCCAUCCUUCUUAAGAUAUUUUCCAAUUUAUCUCUGAAUGAGCGUUGCCUGUCAGCGUCAUUAGUCUGUAAAUAUUGGCGUGACCUCUGUUUGGAUUUUCAGUUUUGGAAGCAACUGGAUCUCAGUAGUCGUCAACAGGUCACCGAUGAGCUGUUGGAAAAGAUAGCAUCAAGAAGCCAGAAUAUUACUGAAAUCAAUAUUUCUGAUUGUCGCAAUGUAUCUGAUACAGGUGUAUGCAUAUUAGCAAUUAAAUGUCCUGGACUCCUCAGGUAUACUGCCUACAGGUGUAAACAGCUUUCUGACACCUCUAUUAUUGCAGUUGCCUCUCAGUGUCCUCUUCUUCAGAAAGUGCACGUAGGCAAUCAAGACAGACUCACUGAUGAAGGCCUAAAGCAGCUAGGUUCAAAAUGCAGAGAAUUGAAAGACAUUCAUUUUGGGCAAUGUUACAAGAUCUCAGAUGAAGGAAUGAUCAUUAUAGCUAAAGGCUGUCUGAAGUUGCAAAGAAUAUACAUGCAAGAAAACAAAUUAGUGACAGAUCAGUCAGUGAAAGCUUUUGCUGAACAUUGUCCUGAGCUGCAGUAUGUUGGUUUUAUGGGCUGCUCUGUUACAUCGAAAGGAGUCAUUCACCUCACCAAUCUGAGAAACCUUUCCAGCUUGGAUCUACGUCAUAUCACAGAACUGGACAAUGAAACCGUGAUGGAAAUAGUAAAGAGAUGCAAAAACCUCAAUUCCCUCAAUCUGUGUCUGAACUGGAUCAUUAAUGACAGAUGUGUGGAGGUGAUUGCCAAAGAAGGACGGAACCUGAAAGAGCUGUAUUUAGUAUCCUGUAAGAUCACUGACCAUGCUCUGAUAGCCAUUGGACGAUACAGCAUGACAAUAGAGACGGUGGACGUUGGCUGGUGCAAAGAAAUCACAGACCAUGGAGCCACCCAAAUUGCACAAAGCAGCAAGUCUCUCAGAUAUUUAGGGCUGAUGAGGUGUGAUCAGGUGAAUGAAGCCACAGUGGAGCAGCUAGUGCAGCAGUAUCCACAUAUAACCUUCAGUACGGUACUACAGGAUUGCAAGAGGACAUUGGAACGGGCUUAUCAAAUGGGCUGGACACCAAAUAUGUCUACUGCCUCUUAACCUCCUAUACUAACAUGAUAGUUUCACUCUGCUGCAUUCAGUAGAUAUAAUGGGGAUUGCAGAGGGUUCACAACCUUUCAUAUGAUGCAAUAUAAUUGUGAGUUUACAGAGGUUACAGUAAAAUGGUAAAAGCUGUACACUGACUUUAAUGUACUGUACAACUAAAUACUAAUAUCGAAGCAAAACUUUAGAAAUGCAUCAUAUUUUUGUUUGCAUAAAAGAUAUAAAAGCCUUGUCAAGAUUUCUUGAAGUGGAUUCCUACUAGUUCUUGGGAUAGUUUGAGUUGUAGAUGUUAAGCUUGUUUUCCUCUGUUUACUUUACUUUGCUUUGGUCAUGCGUGUUUCCUUUGAUUUGUAAGUGGUAACUCAGUGCUAGCACCAGUGCAGUUGAUCAGUAGAAGUCUGUGUUGAAACUGGGAGCUAAACUUGAUGCUUAUUAUUUACUAAAGCUACCCCAGCAGUUUCAAGAUGCACAGUAAUAAGAAAAUCUACAAACAAUUGUGAUUUUCUUAUAAACAUUUUGAUAAUUAUACAAAUCAUUAAUUUAAACAGGAAUCUUAGUAAAUGAUUAUAAUGACAGAAUUAAUGUUUAAUGGACAAUCUUAUUUCUUUUAUUUUCAUCACUCAACAAAAUUGAUAUCUUCUUUCAUUUUUUUUUUUAAAUAGAUGCUGUAGAGAUUUCCAGAUCUUUCCACCUUGCCAUUUUUAUAAGUGAGUUAGCAAUGCUUAACCUAACAUUGAUAACCAGCUCCACUUCAUAAAGGCAAACAGUAAUUGAAUACAUCAACUAUAACAAAUAAGUUAACAAUUUUUAAAUAUCUGAUUCAAAAAAAUUACUUUUUUUUUUUAAGUGAACUUGUCUCCUCUGACUAUGCUGUUAUGUUGCUGAAUUUGGAAAUUCAGAUCAAUGGGUAUAAGCCAAUAACAGGAUUCCUCUCAUUUCCUGUGUGGUUGUUGUUUUACAACCAGUCUUACAAUGCAAAGAGAGCUUACCUCGAGAAGGCCAUCUAAACAUGAGUCCCAUCGUGGGUAUCAUUUUAUAGCAUCAGAUGCUUCCUAAUACAGUGUAUGCAAGAAAAUACCCUGAGUAAAUACAUAAAACGAUUAAUUUACUGUGUGUCACAUUGCAUUCUAAGGAGUUAAAUUUGACAUGGGGAUAGUGUAAAUACAGACGUUGCAGCUUCAAUUUGAAGUUGCAUUAACCUUUAGAGUAUUACCGUUUGGUUAAGAAUGUUUUCAGGUGUGUAACACUGGAUAUUUGUUUUUCAAAGGUUACAGCAUUUUAAUCCAAAGUAUGGAAUGCUUAAGCUUCAGCUGAAGUUGCCAUUAUUGUCAAAAUAUUUUACUAAUCGAGAGGUCUAAUGCAGCAUAACCUAGAAGCUUGUUUAGUAUGGCUGUAUAACUCUCUGUAAAACUGUUUGCUGAUUUCCAUAGCAUAAUUUUUUACAACAGAAACAUCAGCUCACCAUAAUUCCAGUGAGGGUGUUGAAUGUUUUCUUACCAGACUUUUCAAAAUGGGGAUGAACUAAUUUCUUUGGAAAAAAUAUAUGGUAAAGUUUUUGCUUGAAAUAAGUGGUAAAUACAUGUGAACGUGUAAUGCUGGGCUUUUUAUUUACUCAAAAAUGGCAACAAUAUUUUCAGAAUAAAGUCAAUGGAUUAUAUUGCAGAUAUAGUACAGAAUCUUAGUCAUUUUUCAUUUAACGUCUUUUUAUGAGUGCAUUAAAACUAUUCAUACAAUUUGUAAGUUUCUAUUUUUUCGUGAAACCUUUGAUCUUGCAAGGGGUUUAAUAAAAGAAAGAAGAAAGAUGUAGUGUCUUCUAUUUAUCUGUGCUGCUAACUGUACUUGGACUAUGCUAACAGAAAGACUGAAAUCUCCAUCCUUGAAUACGCAGAACUCAUCUGGGCAUGGUCCUGAGCAAACUGAUCCAAGCUAGCCCUGUUGCAAGUGGCAGAGUUCAACUAAAUGACCUUCAGAGAUCUUUUUCGAUCUAAAAUACUCUAUAAGUCUAAUUCUUUUUAUAUAUUACUGAUCUAGUUGGUCAUCUCUUUUCACUUCUGCCAUUAAGUAAGUACUUCCAGUAGUUUUGCCUUUUACUGGCUAUUCACCUCUCUCUUAUUUUUCUGAACAUAUUAAUCUUUAUAGAUCUCAGUGUGGCUAAUUAAUUUCCAUGGAUCUUGGCAUUUACAUAAUUUGGAAGUUUAUGUGGUAUAGGAAUACUAGAUGGAAAUGUGUUCUUCUAACUGUAGUGUUUCCACAGACAGCUCUUUAAUUUCCCUAUAAUAAAUCAAUGUUUCCUAAGUCGUGUUAUAAGAACAAAUAACAAUGUUGCACACUCUUUAAUUUUUGAAAUGUCAGUUAGGGGAAGUACCAUUUAAGGGAAAAGGAAAAGCUAUUGCCUCUUGAAAAAAACAAAAAUUACCCAUUUUCUCUUACUCAAAACUUAAAACUCACAGGCAGCUUACAUGCUGGAUUUCCUAGGUUCCAACAGGCCUGUUUUACUAACAAAAUGUCUUUGUUCCUUCAAGAUCUGUGUGGGAACCUGCCAUCAAGGUAUUUGCCUUAUCAGAGACAUUUCUAGGCCAGAGGAACUGAGCUUGUUCAACGUGCAGAAGAGGACGCUAAGGCAAGCUCCAAGUGCUUUCUUACCUAAGCAAUAGGUGGUUAUAGAAAAAGACAGAAACCCCUUUAUUUUCAGUCGUUCACUCUUCUAAAUCCAGGUAUAAGUCUGUUUUAAUGCCACUCAAAUAGUUCAGCUGGUGGUCACUCUACCCAUCUCUCACCACUCAGGUGAUGUGGAGGGGAGUAUCCUCAUGCAGUGUGUCCCAGCAGGGGAAAUGGCUACCCUUGUGUUUCACAUGCAGAUUCAACUUCACUCUGUCCAGGCUCCCAGAUUAGUGGGAAGCUUAGUGAAUUGCCAAAUCCAAGCUGGCAUACCCCUUCUCAGCAAGUACUCUGUGUAGUACUAGGCAGCUUCUAGUCAUCUUUGAGCAUGGACAAAGUGAAUUUCUCUGAAAAAUAUCAUGGAUAAGGAUAAACUGAUCCCAGGAUGACUACAGGUGGCUGGUGGGAGUGACUCAGCAUUCUCAAAAGCAUUGGCCAAAGGUCUUCAGUGCUACUCCUACAGCAACUGAGUCUGCUUAACCUUCAAAGCUCAGCCAUGGCCCCAGAAUCCCACUGGGUUCACUCACAGAAAAUAUUUCUUCCCCCGAAGGUCCUACAAAAGAGCCAUCCUUGAUAGUUUCCUAGAACUAUUAAACUUACCAAUCUAUCUAGCUGAGUUUUCAAAAACAGUAUUUGGUAAAACAAGUUGUAAUCCCUUUUGAAUAAGAAAAUAGCCCUAGUAAGAAUAAUUAACCAACAGUUAAUUUUUUCAGGCUCUCAGCUGGCUUCCAUGUGAGCUCACUGACGUCCACCUAUAUUCUCAAGAAAAAAAUAUGGCCUUGCUUUUGCUUAAUAAACUGUGGCAUUGACAGGAACAAAAUCAAAGGCAGCAGGUCAUGUACACAAUAGUUACAUGAAAACGUAACAGAGGCACAGAGGAAGCUCUUUAGGAGGCUGACAGGGCCUUCUUCGGGUGAUGUGAUCUUGAACAAGAAAAGGAAAAGGACUCCUACAUCUUACAGAUAAUUAGGAUAGCACAGGGCAGGAUAGGACAGGAUAGGAUAGACUAUUUCAGUUGGAAGGGACCUACAAUGACCAUCUAGUCCAACUGCCUGACCACUUCAGGGCUGACCCAAAGUUAAAGCAUGUUAUUAAGGGCAUUGUCCAAAUCCCACCUAAACACUGACAAGCUUGGGGCAUUGACCACCUCUCCAGGAAGCCUGUUCCAGCGUUUGACCACCCUCUCAGUAAAGAAACACUUCAUAAUAAAAGAAUGCCUUGCAAAAUAACAAUUGUAAAAGCAUAUGUAAAAUGACUAUGAUGAUGUCUGAUCUUGUAAAUAUUCAGAUUUAUAUGCUAAAUUAGGUGAGGGUUUAUAUUGCUCAUUUAUGAAAUUCCAUAUUAACAGAGAGUGACUUUAAUCCAUUUAAAGAGUCCAUUAAAAUAAAAUUAUUUAAAGCAAUAUUGCUUUUUCCAUCCUAUAGUUGUUUUUCUCCCAGCCUUCUCCAUGAGUGACCUGUUAUAUUGGCAGUAUAGCUGACUGAGGUUUUAUUUAAAGUUCUAGUAAAUUUAGAAGCAGAUACCAAAUUGGUUUUUUUUUUUCAAACCACAGACGCCCUGGAGAUGCUCCAGGCUUGAGCAUGCAAUCUCCCACAGGUUGGCACCACUUGAAAAACAAAUAAUGCUUUAUGAGAGUAGUUGUAUUUUGCCAAUCUAAACGCAGUGAGUACUUGGUGAAUUUUCUGACUUCUUGUUUUUGUUGUUUGGGUUUGGUCUUUUUUCUGAAAACCUGUAGAAAAUAUAUUCAAUGACUGAAGACUUUUCUUCUCCCCUCCCUCUUCUCACCCUACCUUUUUUACACUUCUAAUUUCUUUUUCUUUUUUCGUGGGGGUAUGCACAAUAAGGCUGUCUUAAAUAAAAAUGUUGAGUUGAUGUGGCAGUUCCCAUAUGUGAUAGCGUUAUAUAAGAUUAUAAUAAAUGUAGACAUUUACAAACAUGUACUGCUUUUUUUCUUCUGCAGUUUCACUGGUUACAGAAGUUUACUGACCCUUACAACAAAUGAGUCAUCUGAUGAGAAAAACUAGCAUUAGCUGUUGAAUACCAUAUACCUGUUCACAACAUAAUUUCUUUGUACAAAAGUAUAUCUGAAAUUAUCUUGUAUCAAUAUUGUACCUGAUCUUAAGACCACAGAA